AUGCAUCCCAAUGAAAUUAAUGACGACGUGAAAAAAAGAACCGGAAAUUACGAGAUAGAUAAAUUCAUUUGGGAAGCAAAAAAAUACGAAUAUGCAUUUGAAUGGAUCAAUUUUAAAGAAUUCUUCGACAAAAGCGAAAGAUACUCAGCGAAAGGAGGAUUUGGCGCAGUUUUUUCAGGGAAAUGGAAAAAUGACUUGAUAAUACAAUUUCCGUCAGAUUAUGACACUACCACCUUGCUUGAUAGAAAUUAUCCCAUCAAAAAAACCAUGAUCGCUUUAAAAGACUUACAGGAUUCAAAAAUUUGUUUUACUUGCAACGAAAAAGGCUUCAUUGGAUAUCAAUGUUUGAAGGAUGGAUGCAAAAAUAUAAAAAAAGAUAUUAGUUUUUCCUGCUUGCGAUGUAUUUCGGCAAAUAUUCGUUUGAAAAAUAUUUUGUGCAAACUUGCAAUCCAACUGGCAUUGGACUUUGCAUGGAUUGCUGUGGCAGUGCAAAUAUGUGUGGAGAGUUUUGGCACACCGAUGAAAUAG